AUGUACCCUAGAAAGAUUAAUAGAACUUUACAUGUUGGAAAGAAUAUUUAAAAAGAUGAUUCUGUUAAAUCUUUGAUAAUUGAUAAAUUGAUUUAAGAUUAUGGAAAAAAUAAUUAAUUGAAUGUUAAUGUAACUUGCUUAAAUCUAAAAAAUAGUUAAUAAUGUCUUAUGUAGAAGAUUUUUUUGCAUGUUAUAAAGCAAGUGAAGGAGCAGUUAGAGCACUCAAAGAUGAAAUCAAAGAAGCAAUUUUAAGAUCAGAUAAUGAAAAGCAUUUAAUGAUUUAAAGAUUAAAUUAGCGUAUAUCUAGUAAAAUUAGAAACUCAUUAUGGUAGGAAAGUAGAAAGAAGAAUAAUUAAAAUAAUUGACAAAUCCAAAAAAUAGAGUAUCUUUGCCUGAAAGAUUAGAUGAUGAGAAACUUUUAUUAACAAUGCAAAAUAAAACAGAUAACAAUUCAUAAAUAAAAUUGGUUAAUACUCUACCAGCUGAUAUAUUGGAAGAAAGAAGAAAAUCAAUUUAUAAGGUUGAUGGUUCUGUAGAUGAAUGGGCAGCAAUUAUAAAAUAUGAUACUGUAUAAUUUUAGAAAGAAUUGGAAGAAUAAAAAAAACUCAUGUUAUUUAAUAAAUAAAAAAUUAAAGAAGAAUUAGAUAGAUAAGUUGCAGAAAAAGAAUAAAGAAAAUAAAAAGAAAAAUAGGAUGAUUAAAAUUAUUUUGUUACAAGUUAACAAUUAUUAAUCGAAUUUGAAAAAUAAUAGGAGUUACUUAAAGAAAAUAAAAAGAAAUAAUUAUUAUAAGAGAAAAUCAUUAGAGAUUAACAAGUCAAUGUAGAUAAAAGAAAGAAGUAAGCAUUUUAUAUGAAAUAGAAAAGAGCAGAAUUUAAAUACAAAAUAAUAAGAAGAAGAAAUGCUUGCAAAAGUAAAGGAAGAAUUGAAAGUAGAAGAUUAAUAAUAGAAACGUAAGAGAUUAGAAUAGAAGGAGAAAUUCUAACAGAUUUUAAAAUAGAAUGAAAACUUAAGGAAAAAAGUAUACUGUAUAUGAAAUAUAGGCACAAGAAGAAAUUAUACAAAGCAAAGAAUAUGAAAAACUAUUAUAAGAAUAGUUAGUAAAAAAAGAAUAACUUGAAAAUGAGAAAAAAGAGAAAUUUAAAAAAGAUUAAGAGGAGAAGAUUUAAUUAUUAAUGAAUAAUUAUAGUGAAUUUGUUAUGAAAAAUAAAAAAGAAGAUAGAUCAUUAGAUGAUGAUUAUUGGAUCAAAAAGAAUAGUGAACAUAACUUUUUGGAUUUUAAAAAUAAGAACAAUAAAAAAGAAUAAUAACUUUAAGUUUCUUAUGAUUUAAAGUAAUAAAUUCUUGAAAAAAGAAGAAGAUAUACUUAAGAAGUAACAGAAAAAAAAAUUCUAUUUGAAUAACAACUACAAGAAUAAAAAGUAUUAAAAAAACAAGAUGAAGAAAGAAGAAAUGUAUAUAUUUUAUAUUUUCAUUUUUAUAGAAUAUUAGAUAAAUGUAUAUACUAAAUGCUGAAGAACUUAAAAAAUAAAUGACAAAAGGUUAUUUGAGUACAUCUCCUAAAAGAAAAUCAAGUCCAAAUGAAAGAAUGGUAGGAAAUGAAUUACUUCAAAAUAAGAAAAUACUUAAAAAAAUUGCUAAUGAUAAUUCUAUCGGAAUACCUAUAAAAAAAUAAGAGAUAUCUAUUCCUGAAUGA